CAACUAUUUAAGCACCAGAAGUUGCAAUUCUUUGUCAAAAAACAAAAAUGGAUCUGAUCAAAUCGGAAGAUAAAGACUUGGCUCAAGCCCACUCCAUCAGCUCGCCCCCUCGUGACGUCGAAGAGGGCCACGAAGCUGCUACUCGCAAGGAGUUGGACAGAAUCUACAGAAAGCUUGACUACAGAAUCAUCCCUGCUCUUUGGUGUCUCUACUUUAUGACCUCAUUUGGGUCGAACUCAUACGGGUUGACUUUGACCAUGAACUCGGACCAGGGACACUCCAUCAUCCAGACUCUUAAGUUGGUAGGAAAGAACACCAGUACCGCUUCUGCGUUGUACUAUGUUGGUUACAUCAUCUUCGAUGUUCCUAUGAACUUGAUAAUGACUAAGGUCAGACCCCAAAGUUGGUUAUCCCGUAUUGUUAUCACCGUCGGAUUGGUUUAUCUCUGCUACUGCAAGCUCUCCAACAGUGGUGGGCUUAUUGCUGCUAGGUUUAUUUCUGGUGUUGUCGGUGCUGGAACUUGGCCGGGUAUGAGCUACUACAUUAGUUUGUGGUACCCCAUCGAACGUCAGACCAAGAGAAUCGGAUUCUACUUCACAGCUGCUCAGCUCUCGGCGUCAGUUUCAGGGUUGGUAAAUGCUGGAUUUCAGAAGAUGGACGGCGAAAGAGGAUACUACGGCUGGCAGUGGAUGUACAUAAUCUAUGGAUCCGUAACAAUUGCGGUGGGAAUUUCUUUGUUGUGGUGGUUACCAGAUCGUCCUUUCAAGGAAGAGAAGACUGCUUCUAACCGGUUUGUGGCGUUCUACAACAGAAUUGCCACUCCUAGACACCCACUUACAGAGGAAGAACAAGCUAUCCACCGUCAAGACCUUGGACAGAGAUAUGUGUUUGUGGCCUGGGGGUGGAAGGACCUUGCAAUGAUCUUGUCGGACUUGAGGGUGUGGCCAUUGGUCAUCAUGUAUUUCGGUGUGGUAGGAACUGGCUUUGGAUUGGCAGUGUUUGGCUCGACCAUCAUUAAAGCCAACAACCCCAGUCUUAGUUCCAUUAAUGUUUCAUUAUUAUACGCCCCUAUCUGGUUGUUUGACUUGGGAGGAAUUUUGACCAUCACCCCCUUUGCCGACAGGUUCAAGCAGUACCGGUACUUGAUUUUCUGUGGAGCAACAGCCAUAAUCAUGGUGGGAAUGUUUGUUACAACCUUUGCUCAUGGGCCAUGGAACAAGUACGCAGGAUUGCUUAUUGCUGGAUACGGGCUUGGACCCACAGUGCCGAUCUGUAUGUCGUUGGCAGCAGAGAUUUUUGGGGCCCGUUACGGUGAUGUGGGUAUUGCGGUCAGUGCUGCCUUGGUGAGUGGAUUGGGUAACUUGGGGCUGGUGACGGCCACCUACGCGUUAUACCUGGGCUGGCCAGCCGAUGUUCCAAGGUUAUACAAGUACUCGAACAUGAUGUUGGUGGUGAUGUUGGGAGUGAGUUGUGUGGCGGCAGUGGUGUUGGAGUUUAUCCGGGACCGUGUGAGACAGACCAGAUAAUGUUUUUUGAAUUGGCUGCGAAAACUGGGUGUGCACAAACAGCGCGCAACCACAAUGUAGUUUCAUUCAUACAUUGAUAUAUACAUAAUAUACAUAGGUCAUAUAGUUCAUAACAGAGCAGACGCCCUACUUCUUCUUCAAAUCGUUGGCAUAAGGGCACCGAUUUUUUUCCAAGUGUUCGCUUAACCACUCGUCCACAGUUCCAAACUGGUCCUGGCACAUACGACAGGUGCCGCCUGUAUGUUGACGUUGGUCUUUCUUGGUGCCCAGCGGGUACUGGAAGUGGAUGGCCUUCAAGUGGUUCUUGAAAGUGUCACACCGGGAGAAGAUCCCCGACGUGUGGCCACAGUGAUCGCCCGAGCUAUGGCUCUUGUACGGACACUUGAACUGGCCCUUAUCCGAGCCGAUUUCCUUCCAGUGGCACUUGACGUGGCGAAACAAGUCGUUCGGCCGAGCGAAUCCUCUGGAACAGUACUCGCAGAUAUGGGGCCUAGAAGCCGGGUUCAAGUGGGUACUUUUGUGUGUUGCCAAAUUGGAAAAGUAUUGUUUGCACUCUGGACACUGGCGUUUUUUCCUGGGCUUCCACUUCCUGGCAUUAAUAUUGUCGUCGGCCUCGAGAGUGGUGGCUUUGUCGACUAUGUCAUCGACCUCUGGCGUGGUGGC